AUGGGUCGUAAAAAGAUACUUAUUAAGAAGAUAGCAGACGAAAGAAAUCGUCAGGUUACCUUUACAAAGCGUAAAUUAGGUCUAAUGAAAAAAGCCUAUGAAUUAAGUAUACUGUGUGAUUGUGAAAUAGCUUUAAUAGUAUUUACAAGUUCACAGAAAUUAUUCCAGUAUGCUAGUUCAGAUAUGGAUAAAAUUCUGUUACGCUACACUGAAUUCAAUGAACCACAUGAAUCAAAGACAAAUAGAGAUAUAGCUGAGUUAAUUAAUCGUAAAGAAGGGAAAUUCUCCUAUCUCUCUGAUGGGGAUGCAGGCAGUGAUAAUAAUGAUCCAUUUUUCUCGAAUACAACUGAUCAGUUAAGUGAAGCCGGUGCAUCUGUACACACUGCUGGAGUGAAAACACCAAUCCCUUCAUCUGUUUCAAUGGCACUGGAAUUCUCUGGAUCAAUACCAGACUUAUCGAAACAUAUUCCUGAUAUCACACAUUCUGUAACACCUGAGAGUAUUACAGAUCAACAUAUGAAUACAACACGUGCACCAAGUUCUUCAAUGCAUUUCAAUGUGUCCAGUGAACGGGAGAUUAAAACAGAGAAUUUAAUCUAUCGUGAACAAGACACUAGUAGUGGUGCGGGUGUGGUGUUGGUGUUGGCGGUGUUAUCAGUGAAUCUCGCGAAUCAUGUUCCUCAAAUCCAUUUUGAAUCUCAAGACUUCACGACAAACAGUCGUAGUGGAUCUUAUUUACUUGAUCCUAAUAUGAAAUCAAAUGUAUCCCUAGAUCAUUUAGGCACUUUUCGAUCAGAAAAUAUACAAUCUGUUAGGAGUAGUGAUGUUGUUCAAAAUUGUUUUAAUAAUAGUCAAUUGUUGUCAGCACCAUCAGACAAUUAUACUAGUAAUCGUUCCGUGAAUAAUGCCCAUCUAAGUCCCGGUUCAUUUUCAGAACCAUCGAGUUAUGCUGUUCAACGAUCUUCAAUGAAUACAACGAAACGUAUGAAAAAACCGGUAUUUGAAGCGUAUGAUGAAUAUUUCUAUUCAAAGACUGCCUCACCAAAUAUUGAUUCGAGAUCACGUUCCCCUAAUAUACCAUUGUUGAAACAAAAUGCUCUUUCUCCGCCUCCUCCUGCUCCUGCUCCUGGUCCUCCCCCUCCUUCUCUUCCUCCUCAUCCUCCAACAGCAACAACAACAACUACCUAUUGUGAUUCACGUCGUUUAACACAUUUACUGAGCGGUAAUCUACCGUCUGGCAAGCAUUUAGACAUCACAUCGUGGGAGAAUAGUAAUCAAACUACAACAGCUAUCACUGAAGCGAACAACAGAUCCAAUCAUCAUCAUCAUUCACAGUUAUUAUAUAAUAGUAAUAAUAAUAAUAAUUCUUUUAAUUUAUCCUCAGUAUCAUCACCUAAUCGACAAUUACUAUCUUCAUUACAUGAUCGUGGGAUAUCUUCUUCUUCUUCUUGUCCAGAUUCUAAGCUUAAAACUGGUGAUCUCUUGUACACUACUACUAGUACUACUACUCCUGCUAAUACUAUAAAUGAUCCACAGGCCUCAUCUCUAUCCUUACAGAAGAGAAUCAGCCAUUUCCCGGGUAUUCAUGAUUCUACAGGUCCACUCAACUCCUGUAAGUUACAACAGCAACACCAACAACAUUCCUCAUCUCUGCUUGAUGAUGAAAUGUGCAUUUCAAAUUUAAGUCCAUUUCAUUUUAUGUCUAACACAUUGAAUGAUGUCAUCAAUAACAAUAAUACUAUAAUAAUUCAACAAUUUCGAGUAGUACUCAAAAUUUGA